GAUAGAGGAUAAGAAAUUAAAAAAGGAAAAUGGUUUAGAAGGGGUGACUUGGUAAUGUGAGGAUAUGAUGAUUGAGCUCUGCAGAUCAGGUGCACGUUCUCGCCCUUUUCCCUUUUCCCUUUUCCCUUACGGUCGACUCAUCUAUCUUUCCCCAAUUAUUACAAUUUCCACAGUUGAGGUUAAGAGACUCCCUUCAUAGACUUGAUAUUCAUUUACACUUUGUUUGAUUCAUGGAUUCAAUGAAUUUAAGUGAGAAAGUGGAUGAGAAUUCAAUUUCAAAUGGUAAGGAGGAAGAUGAAGGUGGGAAUUCGAGCCAUCAAGGAGAAGUGGAGACAACGAAGCCCUCUACCUCGUCCUCUACGAAGGGUUUUGGAUUGAAGAAAUGGCGAAGGAUCAAAAGACGAGAUCAUCAUGUCCCUGACUCGCCCGUGAAGGACAAGGACAAGGAUUCUGAUUCCGAUUCCAAUUCCACAGGUAGAAUGUUGAAGAGAGGAUCUGCGAACAUUUUGAAUGAAAAUAAGGAUACUUCUUCUGCAGUCCCUAUUCCGAUCUCAAUCCCAAUCCCAAUCCCAAUCCCAAUUUCCAUUCCCGGCACUUUUAACGCCGGUGCAGAUUCUGAUAACAGUGACGAUACCCAUACCCAUCGGAGUAGCAGCAAGUCUUCUACGAAAGCUCAACUAUUCCGUGACAAGACUAGGACCAAGAUCCUUACAAAGAACACUGCUAAAUCUCCAGACCCAAGUAAGAAAGCCAGAGGUAAUGUUAAUAAUCACAAAGAAUUCUCCUCCAUUUCAAGCUUUGAAUCUGAUUCCAUAAGUUGUAAUUCUGUUAAUAAUCAAAUACCAAUUCCUCCUCUUCAACUCGACUCUUCUCCAAAGCCUAGUCAUUCUUCAGAUCAACUCUCAUCCAAUGCUAAUAAGGAUCGCGAUCCUCUUGCUGAUUCUAUCAUCAUGCUCCAAGCUGCUCAACUUGCUCUACAAACAGAGCUACAAAUGUUUGGGGAGAUAGGCAAGGGAAUUUGUUCGUUAUAUGAUGACAUGGACAGGACUAGUGGUGUGGCUGUCCGUUCUCUGCCUGCUGAUCCUGAUCCCCUGGUUUAUAUGAAUCAUGCUUCUUCUAUGUGUGAUGGUUGGAAUGAGUUAAAUCAUAGCUACUCGAGUAAGAUUAUCCAAACACUGGAAAGACAGCUGAAUGAAGCUGAAGAUAAUCUGAAGAAAAAGGAACUGAGAAUUGCUGAACUUGAAACAACUAUGAGUGUGGAGUCACCUCAAGAUCGUGCAAUGGAGAAGAAAAGAUGCAUGGAGAUGGAAGCUGAGCUGCAGGAACUCUUCAAACAGAAACUUGAAGCUGAAGUUCAGUCUGUUGUGAUAACAAGAUCUACAAAGGACUUGAGUAAUCUGGACCGGGUGGAUAAUAAAAAGUUUAUCUCGGAGGAAGCGCUGUGCCUUUCAGAAAUAGAAAACAAGGCUGGGCAAUGUGAGGAGUCAGAGAUUCUGCAAAUGCAGAGAAGGGUAAUUAAGUUUACAAAAUGCCUUGCAAUGCAAUUGGUUUUGCUGGUCUUAGUGUUUGUGCUGUUUGUGUUACAGUUAGUACCCAAAUCAGAUGUGGUUAUACCCACCUAGUUGGCUGGCACUUAAACUACAGCCUUUCACAUUUGUAUUUCUGGGUAGUUUCAAUUAGGCAUUAGCUAGCUCUUUGUUAAAGUGUAUUGUCCACUGAAUUUAUACACAAUAUUUUUGGAACCUCAAGUUACAAAAUGGAACAGAAGAAACGAGGGAAAGACAAGGUAACAGUUCACUUUAUUAAACACUUAAACCACCAUUUAUGUUGGAUUGGGGUUUUGCUAUUACAAAAUACAUAUGUAAUAUUAAUUUAGAUAUCAACGAGUGAAAAGUACUAAUACUCUUUAAUAAGCUUCAUCACAUUCUGGAUGAUUGGAAUGUUAAAAUUAUUCCCUUUUGUGAGCACA